GUGAAACUUAACACCCUACAACUGUACAACUAGAAUAACAAUUAAUACUGACAAUGUAUAAUAUCAAUUAUCGUCUGCCCAACUAUGCUAGUGAAAAUUCAUUAAAUUCAUUCAGUGUUGUUUUCUUUUGUGAAAUUAACGUUUCAGUCACAUGUAUAUACAAGAAAAAUCGCAAAAGUGAAAGAACUUCUGAAGGGCUAUAUUGUCGGAAGACUAAAAGCUAGAAGAACAUUUAAAAAGGAUAAGUUUAAUACUUUAGUUGUCAGUGACUGUGAUAAAAGGAUAUAUGCCAUUUACAAAUAAUAUUAUACAUUUCUACUAUAAAUAAACACUGAAAUACAAAACAUCUAAGACAAUUAACGAAUAUGUCGACAGGAUUUCGAUACUCACAUCGCGACAUAAGAGAUUUAGAUAUCCGCCAUAUUUACAGUGAUGGACUGGUAUCUACAAACUAUAGACAUGAACCAUCUGUGUUUCACCAAGGUAUAAAUUAUCUGGACAGAAUUCACGAAUCAAUGACACGAUCAAAAGUCUCAAAAUUGCCCGAAAAAUCGUUCGAGUACAAUCGGAAAUAUAAAACGGUUUUGCCGCGAGCUCCAGCGUUUAGAAGGCUCUCUAAAUUGGAGGUAGAAGAUGUUGUACAUAGGCUAACUAACCCAAGAGAUCCAAACGAACACAAUGCAAAACAUGAAACAAGAGUGACAAGUGCUCCGGCAAAUAUGAACCGUGACGGAAAACCAGUGAAACCAUCUCCUACAACUAUGCAAAAGACACAGUUACCAUCGAAAGAUAUCGAUGAUAUGUCGAACAGAUUAUUUCGUUCCGAGACGCAAAUCACGAAACUAAAGCAACGUGAAAAGGUCGUUAUGAUGCCAAAGGCUGCUGCCUCCAAGGAAGAAAACAAAAGUGUUCAGGUCAAGAAAAAAUCCGUUAAAAAACCAUUAACUAAGUAAAUCAAUUGUACUACUGAUAAAAAUAGACUGUGUCACAGUUCAGAAUUAACUGAUUUGUUUUCAAAAUAUUCUAAAUCAUUUAAAGAAUGAAUUCCAGUGUUAAAGCUAAAUGCCUCUAGAUGUGUGCCACUAUUAUAAAAGCUACUUCUGUGUGAUUUACGAGUAAGAUGUUUUUAUUAAAAGAACUAUUUUGAUAGUAAAAUAUUAGCACCAGACGCGCUCAGUUGAAAUCGAUAUAAAGUCGAUGCUGCUAAUCUGUUUAUAAAAAUACAUUUUGUUAUUUACCUGGAAUACCAUGUCCUAUCGAAUUCUACGGAAUCAUUGUAUGAUUUUUAUUGAAUUUGUUGAUAAUAAAUUGACAAUAUUGCCAUUGAA